CCAACUCCCUUUUCUUGGGCAGUAACGCCUUCCAGAGCGUGACCUUGUUGAACGUCAACACUGAUUGGACGGGCUGCCUGUGAUGUCGAGGCACAGCCCAUUUGUUUUCCCCUCGGCGAGAGAGGCGCUUUCUCUCCGAUCCUCCUAAAAGUUGCACUUGUACGACCGUUUUUCUAAAAAUGAGGCACCCGCUUGUGAUUGUGCUUUGCGCGUGGACGCUGCGCUUCACCUCGGAGGCCGUGGUCGUGGAAAAGCUAGCAGAUAAGAAGAUGUGUGGCGAUGAAGAGUGCUCAUAUGUUCUCUCCAUGGCCACGGCCUUGGAUGACUUCAUAGCUCCAGACUGCAGAUUCAUCAACAUCAAGAAGGAGCAGAAGGUUUAUGUGUAUUCUAAGCUCGUACCAGAGGAGGGCGCUGGAGUCUUCUGGUCCGGCAGUGUGUACAGUGAGCGCUACGUGGACCAGAUGGGCAUCAUCGGGUACUUCCCUGCUACCCUGGUGGAGGAGACGCAGAGGUUUAGAGAGGACACCGUUGAGAUUCCAACAACAAACACAGAUUUCUCCUGUGCUUAAGGCGGAUGCUUCCUGUCUGGGCUACACAAAUGAAUGCAUGCUUAUAUCUGGCACAGGACACAACUCAACUGCUGCCACCUUUCAUUUAACUCGAAAUAAACCCUCUUUUUUAUGCCAAUUCAUUGUAAUGGUCAUGGUUACGUUGAAGUACAUCACAUGUUUACAACACGUCCCAAAACCAUCAGUGGACCAAUCAGCAGUCAUGCUAAGGACACAAAGGCAGCUAAAGGGGUGUGGCUUUGACAACAGGAAGUGGCCGCAACCUUGUAGAUACAAGCUAACAGCUUUCAUGAACAUUAAUUUACGCUCCGGUUUGUUGAUUGAAUUCUUUUUUGUGGCUGCCUGCUGGUUUCCAAACACUUUCCACUAUCUGUCUUUCCCACACGCAUUUGGAAGUCAGGUCACUUUCCACCCAUUUUACACACACACGCACACGCACACACGCACACACACACACACACACACACACACACACGCGGACUAUUGGGCCCACAUUGGAAAAAAAAUAAUCUCAGAUUUUGAGAAUAGUCGUAAAUUAGCGAGAAAAAAAAUUGUGAAUUAAGUAGUACAUUUACGAGAAGAAAAAAGUUGUAAUUUCUAAGAAUAAAAGUCACAAAUGUAGAAGAAAAAAGGCGUAAAUUAAGUAGUACAUUUGUGAGAAAAAAGGCAGGAAUUUGCGAGAAAAAAGUCGUAAGUUUGCAAGAAAAAUAUUCCGAGAAUAAAAUUCAUAAAUUUAUGACAACAACUUGAAACACUUGUAAUGGAAAUAAAAGUCACACAUUUAUGUGAAAAAAAGUUGUUAAUUCAUAAAGUCAUAAAAGCCAUAACUUUACGGAAAAAGUUGGAUGGUUUUUUUAGGAAACGUGAUAAUUUACAAGAAUAAAAGUCCUAAAUAUCCGAGAAAAUGUUUUGUAAUAUUCAGAGAAUAAAAGUCACAAAUGUACAACAAAAAAGUUGUGAAUUUGCGGGAAAAAAGCUGUAAAUUUGCAAAAUAGUCAUAAAUUUACAAUUAAAAAAGCUGUAGAUUUUUUUUCUCGUGAUAUUACGACUUUUUUGUAAACUUACAAGAAUAUAGUCGUACAAAGAUUUUGAGAAUAAAGUCACAAAUUUGCAAGAAAAAAGUGAUAAAUGAAGUAGUAAAUUCACAAUAUAUAUUUUUUUUAUUUUUGUAAUUUCUGAGAAUAAAAGUUGCAAAUGUAUGAGAAAAAUGAAAUAGUAGAUUUGUGAGAAAAAGGCGUGAAUUUACGAGAAAAAAGUCGUAAUUUUGCAAGAAAAAAGUAUAAUAUUAUGAGAAUAAAAUUCAUAAAUUCAUUAGAAUUUACAGAAAUAAAAGUCACAGAUUUCUGUGAAAAAAGUCGUCAAUUCAUAAAGUCAUAAAAGUCAUAAAUUGGAGAAAAAAAAAGUUGUAAGUUUUUUGAGAAAAAAUGUCAUAAUUUACAAGAAUAAAAGCAGUUCUUUAAAAUGUUUUCUUUAAUAUUAAUAAUUUCAGCUUCAUGCUCAUAAAUGAUAUUUUUUUACUCACAUUGUAAUUACCAGUUUAUUCUCCAAAUUUUUCCAAUUGUUUUGACAUUCUUGUAAAAUUAGAGCUGUUUUUUUCCACUUUAUUCUCGUGACAUAUGUUUUUUAGAGGAAAAAUAUCAUAAUUUACAAGCAUAAAAGUUAUAAAUUUACGAUACUUUUUUUUGUAAUAUUACGAGAAUAAAAGUCACAAAUGUACAAGAAAAAAGUCGGGAAUUUGCGAGAAAAAAGUCGUAUAUUUACGAGAAAAAGUCGUAAGGUUGCGAGGAAAAAAGUUGUAAAUUUACAAAAAUGGUCAUAAAUUGACAAGAAAAAAAGCCGUAAAUUUAAGACUUUUUUCUCGUUAUAUUACGACUUUUUUUCUCGCAAACCACAACCUUUUUUUGUAAAUUUACAAGAAUAAAGUCAUACACUGACAAAAAAAAGUUUUUCUCGGAAAUUGACUACUUUAUUCUCAAAAUAUCCGAUUUCUUUUUGAAUGUGUCCCUAAUACUCCAUCGUACUUCCACACGCUGUAUCAACAGUAUAGACCUUGACACCCGUACAUUGAUUAUACGCAUUUUCAAUUGUCACAUUCUGUGUCUGUCCUUUUUGCUGCCGCCUGUCUGCUGUGUCUUGCAGUUGCCACCAAGCCGGCGGAGGCGGAGCUACCUGAACACACCUGCACACUAUUACAGGUGAUGUGUACUUAAGCAGGACACUCGGACUUGUUAGUCGCCAGAUCGUACCUUCAGCUACGUCGCUCUUCGAGCUCUCGUCUUAGCUAUUCCCGAUUGGUCCCCUCUCUUUGACCUACAGCUUUCGUGAGUACUUCUUCCUGCUUGGCUACCCCAGCAGCGCCUCUGUACCAGACUCUCACCUGUUCCCUGCUACCUUUUGUAGUGGUGCUUGUAGUGGUUGUCCAGGCCUUUUCCCUACUACCGUGUGUCGUAGUGUUUUUUGUUACUUCUGCUAGGCUCGGCCCGUGUGUUUUUGUUGGACUCUCUUGCCGCCUUUUUCUGUUCCUACCCUCUGUUGUACAUUAAAACUUUUGUUAAACCUUCAAGCGUCACUCUCUGCAUUGGGAUCCUUACUCCGGCUUAGCCAUUCAUGACAUUCAAUCCUAAAUUAUUAGUAUUCACCACUCAUGAAUGAUAAUGUACGAAGAGCUGCUCAAACUGUUUCCACAUAGUGAAAAAUGAAAGGAUGCAACUUUGCCACUUUGAUAUUUUGGAAAGCAACACAUGUAAGAUAUAGAAUAGAAUAGAAUAGAAUAGAACUUUAUUGUCUGUUCUAUAGAACAGAAAUUUGUCUUCCAGCAUGGCUUAUAAAAAUUCACUCACAAUGAAGUACAAUAUAAAACACACAACAAAACAUACAAUACAAGAACAACAGUGCUACCGGGCGCUGGUUAAGAUAGUUACUGCAGCUGGAAUAAGGGAUUUCUUGGAGGUGUUUUUGCGG